AGUUCACCUCUGUUGUCAACAACAAAAGCCACCUUCUCUGUUUCUAUUCCCUACCGUCUUCAACUUUCACCAAAAAUACCAUGGCCACCACCCCAGCUCUCUCCGGCACCAUGGUGAGCACCUCCUUCAUCCGGAGGCAACCGGUGACCACCAGCCUAAAGGCAUUCCCCAACGUGGGCCAGGCUGUUUUUGGUGUGAAAGGUGGACGUGGUGGCCGUAUAACUGCCAUGGCUGCAUACAAGGUGAAGCUCAUCACCCCAGAGGGACCACAAGAAUUUGAAUGCCCCGAUGACGUCUACAUUCUCGACCAGGCCGAGGAGCUCGGCUUUGAGCUUCCCUACUCGUGCAGGGCUGGUUCCUGCUCUUCUUGUGCUGGCAAAGUUGUGAGUGGCACUGUGGAUCAGACUGAUCAAAGCUUCCUUGAUGAUGAACAAAUAGACGGUGGAUUCGUUCUCACCUGCGUUGCUUACCCUCAGUCAGAUAUUGUCAUUGAGACCCACAAGGAGGAAGAACUCGUUGGUUAAAUGUUGUAACCACAAUUAUUAUUUAUUAUUAUAUUAAUAGUUUUCUUGCCAUUUUAUAUCAUGUUUUUCUACUCAUGUCUUUUGUGUUUAGAUUUUAUUAUGCCUUUUCGGGGGGCAUGAUGAUUGUUUUGUGUUUUCAGGACAAUGAGUAAGUAACUUACCCUUCUUCUGUAGUAACAAACAAGUGAACUUGUCGUUUAUAAGAAUCCUUAUUCGAUAUA